AUGGCGAUGCAGUAUGCUCCCAGGUACUUUACUGGCUUUACAAUCGAGCAGCAGAUCGAGUUCCGUAAUUGUCUGAAUGACAGGAUGCUACUCAUCGCGAGUAUCGACGGGGUGCCUUUGGGGGAAGACUUCCCCCUACUAUGGGCACCGAUGUUAAGGGAGAAUCAACUCGAGAAGGGAUACGAUCACCGAACAGAUCGCGUGUACCUGCUGUCGCACUGUCCGCCUGCUCAGUGGAGACCGAUCCUGUAUGCGUUGUCGCAGAGAUGGGCGCUGCAACACCAACACCAACUCGUAGCGCAAUACCAAACGCAAAUUCAUGGACACCACAUGGCACCGGGUCAGCCCGAAAUACCGGGAUACACAUACCCGCAGCAAAUACAGAUGAGAGAGUGCAACGUGGCAGUAGGCCACUCACAUGUGCCUAGAGACUACACCCAUCCGCAACACGACGCGAUGAGUGUCGAAAGUAUCCAGGGCGCCGACAUGUCCUUCGCCGAUUCAUCGUUUCCCGCCGUGGAUCCGUCGUUGGCCUCCGCACUCCAGCAAGAAGAGAGUGAUUUGGAAGCUGUUCGUGCUGCUGCCACUCAAGCCGUUGCUGAACAGGAUCUCCCAAGCCAGGGACUAGACGAUGCGCCCAACCCAUGUCACACGGCGAAUGAGCCUGAGGAGUUGUACACGGUUAGCGCUGACGCCGACACCUCUUGGGGAGACGUGUCCGCGCAAGAAAUAUCGGUGGAGGCUAUAUUAGCCGUAGAGAUUUAA